AUGUGGGUUCAGAAGCUUAAUAUUUCAAACAACGAAAUAUCAACAUUUCCAAGAGCUUUUAGUCAAUUAUAUAAUCUGGUAUCGUUAGACAUAAGUGGUAAUCAACUAAAAGAAAUACCAGCAAAUGGCUUGAAUAAUCUUACAGCGCUAGAAGUACUAAACUUGUCCAGAAAUAACUUUGAAUCAUGGGUGGACCUCAAUCCAAACGAUGUAUUGCAGCCAACAACAAACUUGAAGACAUUAGAUUUAUCUCACAACAAAUUUAAAACACUGGCGAAUUUAGCAAAUCAAGAAUUACUCAUGAGCUCAUCUUUGGAGACUUUGAUUGUGGAUAAUUGCGAAAUAGCGUCAAUACAUGGAAGAUCACCACUAAGUGGCCUUACGAAUAUACGUAUCUUUAAAAUAAACAACAACCCUCUGUUGAGAUUUCAAAACUUAGUUUCGCCGACUUUAAAAAGUUUAUAUGUGAGCAAUUGUAAACUUUCUUAUAUAAAUCCAAACGAGCUCUCAUAUUUACCGUCGUUAGUAUAUUUAAAAAUGUCACAUAAUUUUCGAUUAGAAAUCUCAUCGACGGUUAACACGCUUUCCUCAGUGUCAUUAAGAUAUUUGGAUAUAUCAUUUUGUAACGUUAUUCAACCCAGCCUAAAAGGAUUCCCAAAUUUAAGGAAAGCUAUAAUUAAUCAUAACAUGAUAAGAAUAUUACCAAAUAAUGAGUUUGUGAACAAUACCAAAUUAGAAUACUUAGAUAUGUCAUACAACAACAUUGGAUCAAUUACAAGCGACACUUUCAGAGGUUUAACUUCUCUCAAAUACUUAGAUCUUUCAUGGAAUGAAAUUGCGCAAAUACCAGAAAACAGUUUAUUAGAAAUGCCAUCACUUACACAAAUAAUUUUGUCCAGGAAUUAUCUUACAAGGGUGGGUCACUUAAAGUCGACAUCUUUAUCUAUUAUAGACAUGAGUUCCUGUGAAAUUAAUAUGAUAGGGAAAGACUCAUUAGAAGGUUUACCAUCCUUGAUAGAUUUGAACCUAUCGCAUAAUCUAAUAUCAAAUAUUCCAGAUAGCAUUUCAUCAAACUCCCUCAAAUAUUUAAAUCUUAAUUAUAACAGACUUAGCUUUAUUGGAAACUACACAUUCUUUAUGUUGCCUCGUCUAGCAGGCCUUGGUGUUGUUGGAAAUAGAUUUACAAUUAUAUGGAGUAGAUAUUUUUUUCAAUCUAACCCAUACUUGGAGAGACUUGACUUGGGUGACAAUAUGUGGCGUUGUGAUUGCGACGAUGACAAUAUGUUUGAUUUUUAUGAAUUUGUCACUCUUGAGCCGAAUAAAAAAGAAGAGUCGUAUAAUUUAGUCUGUCAUGGUCCACUUGAUGUAGUCGGACAAACUUGGCUUGAAGCAUGUUAUUUUACUUGGAAUCCUAGUGAAAGAACUGGGAAUGCAACAAAUUUGAUUUGGUUCAUCAUUAUAAUGAUUGUCGGGCUGGCGUUGUGCCUUGUUUUAGUAAAUGGAAUUAAAAGUUCUAUGAAUCGUCGUUUGACGGCCAUGCAAGCUGAAAGAGAAAGACAGGUUGAGGAAGCCAGAGAUCGACUAAGACAAAUGAGGAUUCGUGCAGAACAAGAAGCUUUAAUUAAUACGCCCGAUCCUAGAGAUUUAAUUGCACCACCCACCUAUGACGAAGCUCUCUCUAUGCCUAAACUUAAUGUAUCUUGUCAUUCUCUAAACGAAACUGGUACAGGCAAGAGCAGAAGAAAACGGGGAAGAAGGAAAACAAAAUCAAGUGGAGAUUUACUCGAAGAAACCGAAAGGCAUGGGUAUGAAAGGGAUACUGAUGAAUUGGAAAUGACGGAAACGGCAGAUGAUGGCCGGAGGCGACGUCGUCGGAGGUCUAGAAAAUUCGGAAGCCAUGAGAUAGCAGAAUUAGAUCAAUCACCCGGAGUAAGAAGAAGAUUAAUGUCUGAUAAUGGCACAGAUGACAGCGUGACAGUGCAUGUUGAGGCACAAUUAGAAAGACCCCAUCAGACUAGAAAUCGCAGACGUUCAGUAGACGAUAUACCUACAGAAAGCGAUUUUUAA